AUGGCGGCGCCGCCCGCCCUGCAGAUCCGCGAGGCCAACGCGCACCUGGCGGCCGUGCAUCGGCGGGCGGCCGAGCUCGAGGGGCGCCUGGACGAGGCCGAGCGCACGCUGCGCGCCCAGGCCGAGCGCCUGGCCCGCCACGACCAGCAGCUGCGCGCCAAGGACCGGGAGAUCGCCGCCCUGCAGGAGCAGCUGCUGACCUCGGAGGCCACCGUGCACAGCCUGCAGGCCGCCGUGCGCCAGCGGGACGAGCUCAUCGGGCAGCUGCAGCCCCGCGCCCAGCUGCUGCAGGACAUCUGUCGCUGCCGGCCACCCCUGGCCGGGCUGCUGGCUGCGCUGGCGGAGGCCGAGCGCCUGGGGCCCCUGCCGGCCGGUGACCCUGGGGGCCCUGGCCCGCCCUUGACCAACAGCAGCAGCAGCAGCAGCAGAGAGGUGGACAGCGAGCAGCUGCAGCCUGAGGCCCUGGGGACCACGGUGUGAGGUCCGGGCACGGAUGCCAGGGCUUGGGAGACUGCGCUGGGGCUGCCUGGACAUGGUGACCAGCACUUCUCAAACGGGGCGCUCCGACUGAAGGCACAGGCUUAACUCCAAGUUAAAACAAACAAACAACUUUCUGUUACCUACAGCCGUCUGGAACGGCAGCAACAUGCACACUUGCCCUGGGCUCCAGGCCGGACCUGGCCCAGCUGGCUCACUCCGCUGGCCCUUCCCUGCGUGGCUGCCCACCCAGCCUAGUGGGUGGCAGAUGGCGCCUGGCUCCACACCCUUCGGAGCCCAGGGUUCUAAGUCUUACCUCUUCCUCGCACACACCAGCGCUGGGAGCCUUCAGCCAUCCUGCACUGGUCUCCUGCCUCAGCUGUCAGCCUGGGCUGGGGAGCAGGUGGGUGAGGCUGCCUCCGGGCGUUUACACGGGGCGGCCCAAGCUCUGCGCCUGCCCGACUGGCCCUCUGCCUGGCCUGUCCCAGCCUGGUACUGACAGCCAACAACCUACACCCUCUUAAACCUCCUGAAAUGCUAUUUUCUGAAGCCCUCGUUUCUACAACUGUCUCUCGGCCCCAGGCGCGCAGGGCGCCCUGUUUUCUGUCAGACCAAGAGAGGAGAGAGACCUGUGCCUUGCCUGCGAGCAGCCUGGGCCUGGCUGCCUCACUCAGGGAAAUUGUCCUGCCAGGAGCUGGGACAGGGCAGCGGCCACUCGCCGCCUCCCUCCUGGCAGUCCUACAGUGGUGCCUUGGUGCGGGAACAAUGGCCCUGUUCUCUGGAUGAAUACCGUGGGGGCUGUGUGUGUGGACAGCAGGCAGGCCGGGGCCUGUGCGUGCUCAAGAAUAAACCGGAUACUUUCCUG